UGCUUUUCUUUUUUCAAUUCAUCUUUUCGUCUCAUUUUCUUGUUCGCGGAAGCUCUUUCUUUAGAUUGCGGGUUCCGUUUGCUUCUCUCUUUCUUUGCUCCUCUCCCAGUCUUCACUCUUCUAGGGUUUGUAAAAUCCCUUCGAGAUCGGGAGUUCAGAGUGUGAAAAACCAAAAUUUAGGGCUGUGAAGAACGACGAUCGAGUAAUUCAAGAUGAAGAUUUUUGUCAAGACUCUCAAGGGUACUCACUUUGAAAUCGAAGUAAAGCCUGAAGACAUGGUUUCUGAUGUGAAGAAAUGUAUUGAGACCGUUCAAGGUUCAGAUGUAUAUCCUGCGGCGCAGCAGAUGCUCAUUCAUCAAGGGAAAGUUCUUAAAGAUGGAACUACAUUGGACGAGAACAAAGUUGCAGAAAAUAGCUUUGUUGUUAUAAUGUUGACGAAGACUAAAAGCUCGUCUGGGGAGGGCUCAACAACAAGUGCACCUAGUAAGCAACCACAAACAAGCACCCCUUCUCCUGCUCCUGCUCCUGUUCCUGUUCCUGUAGCUGCUCCCACAUCAACAACAACUCAGGCCCCUGUAGAAAUGCCAACACUACAUGUGACGCCUGCUCCUGCUCCUGGCUCAAUUCCCCCUCCUCCUCCUGCUGCUUCAGCCACAGUAGUGCCAGAUGCUGAUGUCUAUGGCCAAGCAGCAUCUAACCUUGUUGCUGGAAACAACUUAGAGGGAACAAUUCAACAAAUUUUGGAUAUGGGUGGAGGAACCUGGGAUAGAGAUACUGUUAUCCGAGCUUUGCGUGCUGCUUUCAACAACCCUGAGAGAGCUGUUGAAUAUCUCUAUUCUGGCAUUCCUGAGCAAGCCGACAUUCCACCAGUGGCCCGAAGCCCUGCAAAUGCUCAAGCUGCUGAUCUUACAUCUCAACCUUUGCAGUCAGCACAACCAACAGCUGUCCCUUCAAAUAGGCCUAAUGCAAGUCCUUUAGACCUUUUUCCCCAGGGACUUCCAAACCUCGGUGGUUCUGGUGCUACUGGUGCUGCUAGUGCUGGAACCCUUGAUUUUCUACGGAACAGUCAACAGUUCAAUGCUUUGCGGGCAAUGGUGCAAGCGAACCCACAAAUUUUGCAGCCAAUGCUUCAAGAACUAGGGAAGCAAAAUCCUCAUCUCAUGAGGCUAAUCCAGGAGCAUCAGGCCGACUUUCUUCGCUUGAUAAAUGAACCUGUAGAAGGUGGAGAGGGGAAUGUACUUGGGCAGCUUGCUGCAAACAUGCCACAGUCAGUAACUGUCACCCCUGAGGAGCGGGAAGCCAUUGAACGUCUUGAAGCAAUGGGAUUCGAUCGGGCCCUUGUGUUGGAGGUGUUCUUUGCCUGCAACAAAAAUGAGGAGCUGGCUGCAAAUUACCUCUUAGAUCACAUGCACGAGUUUGAGGAUUAGAUCACUCUAUUGGGUUCUCUCUCCAGAAAAAAGGUCUCAGAGUAAUCUCUCUCUCUCUCUCUCUCUCUCUCUCUCUCCACACCUCUUAUAACAUUUUUCUGUUUGGAGCAUAAAAUGAUGUGAAGUGUCUGGAGUGGACGAGUGUAAAAGUUGUAUCUUUCUACCUAUAAUCUCUCUCUGCCUCUGUUGUCUCGGUCUCUUGUUAGGAUUCAUUUUAAAAAAAAAAUUUAUAAAAAUAUAGAUGUUUUUAUCAUCCA